AUGCACGUUUCAGUCACUACCCUUGCCAUUCUGGCAUCAGCUGCUUCCGCGGCCUACGUUCUAGAAGAUGAUUAUACCUCCUCGUCCUUUGCAAACAUGUUUGAUUUCUUUACGGGCAACGAUCCGACGAACGGCUAUGUUAACUACAUAUCCUACGAUCAAGCACAGAGCUCUGGUCUCUACAAAAUUGACAACGGGCGCGUCUACAUGGGCGUCGAUUCCACCAAUGUGGCCUCCGGCCGUGGUCGCGACAGUAUCCGAAUAAGCACCAAGAAAUCGUACAACCACGGCCUCGUUAUCCUCGAUCUUGCACAUAUGCCAGCGGGCGCAUGUGGCACUUGGCCCGCGUUCUGGAUGCUGGGUCCGGACUGGCCCAACAAUGGAGAGGUUGAUAUCAUCGAGGGAGUUAACAGCCAAUCUUCCAACAACAUGGCAAUGCACACGGACGCAGGAUGCACAAUCACGAACACAGGAGCUUUCUCUGGAACACUGGAGACUGAUGACUGUGAUACUGCUGCUCCUGAUCAGCCCAGCAAUGCCGGUUGUUCGAUGCGCAGCCAAGACACGAAUAGCUACGGCAACGGGUUCAACUCCAACGGCGGCGGUGUCUAUGCGACCGAAUGGACAAGCGAGGCCAUCAGCAUCUGGUUCUUCCCCCGGAACGCCAUCCCCUCUGAUAUCACAAGUGGAAACCCCGACCCAUCAGGGUGGGGUCUCCCUCAAGGCCAGUUUACUGGUGGUUGUGACAUUGACGACAAGGUAAAGAACCAACAGUUGGUCUUUGACGUCACCUUCUGCGGCGACUGGGCUGGCCAGGUGUGGUCGACCGACGCCGUCUGCUCGCCGAAAGCCGCCACUUGCCAGGACUACGUUCAAAACAACCCCUCAGCCUUCCAGGAUACGUACUGGCUCAUCGACAGUUUGCGAGUAUAUACCGACAAUGGCUCUGGCGCACCAGCGCCAACAUCCAGUUCAACCACCGUCUCAGCAAGCCUGUCGACCACUCCCACCGUACCCACCACAACGCUCCUUACUUCCACUUCCUCCAAUGUACCAGCGACCUCGACACGAAGUGUGGAACCAACCUUCCCCUCGACUACUGCGGCUUUUACUCCUACAACUACUCCAAAUACCACCCCUACGACUGCCCCGACUUCUCUGCCCACCUCUCUCGUCACCUCUGCCCCAUCCGCGUCUUCUCCAUGGCCCUCAUCGGCAGCCUGGGAUGGCACACCGUGGAAUUCCGCAAACGGCGGAUGGAACGGCGGCAACCGGGGCGGCGACGAUGGCGGGUCAGACAACUGGGGUGGCUGGAGCGACGGAGGCAACGGCGGCGGUCGGGGAAACCGUCGCGGCAACCCCUGGAAGUCAUGA